UUACUCGCUUUUUCCGCCUCCUCUUCCUCCCCCUGCUGCGGAAAAAAACUUCGCAUUCGGCCACGUAGCUCGCUCGCUAACGUCAACGGCGGCGACGUUAGCUCAACAGGCAGAGAGAGAAAACAGGGCGGUUUAUUACACCAGCCGGCCUCAACCCGUUACUUGCCCUUAACGGACGUUAACUUACCACGUUACGCCAUAUCUGCUUAGCUGGUUAGCAUAAACUUUAAUAGCUAACUGCCUGACGUUAUUACCCACAGUGUUGCUGCAUCAUGGAGUCUGAUGAGUCGGGCUCUGAGUUGGUCUGGGGCCAGGGGACGGAGACACAGCCGAGUGUCCCCGAUGAUUCGGAGGAGGAGACUUCAGAGGAGGCCGGUGUAACGGAGCUGAAGUAUUGCAGCGUUGUGCUGGACCGCCUGCAGGUUGACAACAAGGCGGGGGAAACCGAGCUCGAGGAGAAAGAAGACAUGAACCGCAAAGGCGGGAAGCCCAUCUCCCGGAUCCCCACUUUCCACAAACGGCCGGCCAGUGCCGCCCCGCCCCCGGAGCCGCCUGCCGCCAAGAAAGACCCCGUCGGGCCUGGAGCUCAGUCUUCAGGGAAAGUCACAGGUGGGGGUGCGCAAGCCUUGAAUUCCAAGCCGUCCGACGUCAGAGCGAGGCCACCCCCCCUGCCGACGAUCAGCGCCCUAGAUGUUUGUCUGGAGGAAGCAGCAGCAGCAGCACCAGGUCCCCCGGUUACAGCACCCAAGAGGUGGGGUUUGCCCGAUCCCACGGACUACUCUUCACUGGCCGUGACCCCCCGGCCUGCCAUCAGACCGCAGGGAGGGGCGCGGCCUUCUGUCUCAGAGCAAAUCCAGCCUGGAGCAUUUCAAACGGAAGCCGACGGCAGCGAACAGGACGCUCCCACAUCUCGCCGACUAGAGGAGGGCCCCGUCGGCCAAAAGUCACCGGAGGACCCAGACGAGGAGGACACAGUCGUGGGCAGAAGCGAGGUCACCCUCACUGCCUCUGGAGACACGGAGAGGUCGGCGCCUGAGGACCUGCUCCACACGACCAAUGACAGCGGAGAGGAGGCCAUCAUGGACGAACAGCCGCCGUGGGAGACGGAGCCGAUGCACGCGUCUGGAUCGAAGGAUAGCAGAUCCUCGUCAGACAACGAAUGUGACGAUGAGUUUGCGGACGAGAAGGCUGAGGAACGCCAUUCAGUGGAGCGCCGUAGCAAACCGCUCAUUACACGGCCGCCACAGGUUGCAGGUCUCGCAGAGGAACGAGCCAACGCCGGCAACUUGAGCUCUCCUGUGGCGCUAGAGAAGCCCGCCAGGGCUCAGUCAACUCGAUCAGCUAAGAGCUCAGGAUGCUUCAGUGUGGCGCUCUUCUGCUUUCUGCCCACCACCUUGCUGCUCCUGGGGGGGUUUGGACAGCACGUUUGGCACUAUGGCCUCCCCCUCUCUGUGGAGCAGCUCGCAGCUCAGCUGGAGCUGCACUGGCUGGAGGGCUUCGGCUUGGUACCGGAGCCCUGCAGCACCGAUUGUCGAGUGCAGCUGGUGGAGAGCAUCCCAGUGGGUCUCUACCAGUCCGCUCCAUUGUCCAGACGGAGCAUCGCAGACAGCUGGCUACAUCUGCUGGACAAGGCCAACAGCUCGGUGCACAUCGCAGCUUUCUACUUCACUCUCCGGGACCCCUCUGAGACUCAGGGAAGACUGGUGUUUGAGCAGCUGAAACAGCUCAAAUCCAAAGGUGUGGAACUCCGGAUCGCCGUCAACGCGCCGCAGACCUCCACUGAAGAUACGGCGGAGCUGGCUGCAGCAGGUGCGGACGUCCGAGAGGUCGACCUCAAGGCCGUAACUGGAGGCAUCGUGCACACCAAGCUGUGGGUGGUGGAUCAAAAGCACUUCUACCUUGGUAGUGCCAACAUGGACUGGCGCUCUCUAAGUCAGGUGAAGGAGGUCGGCCUGUCGGUGGAGGACUGCGGCUGCCUGGCUCAGGACGCCUCUCGGAUCUUUGAGGUGUACUGGAGCAUCGGUGGCCCGAGCUCCCUGCCUCCGUACUGGCCUGCUCGUCUCUCCGCCCUGUCCAGCUCCCAGAAUCCCCUGCGCCUGAAGUUCAACGGCGUGCCUGCGCAAGUCUACCUGUCUAGUGCCCCCCCGCAGAUCUCCGCCCGCGGCCGCUCCGACGAUCUCUCCACCAUCCUGUCCGUCAUCGGCGACGCCCACAGAUUCGUUCACAUCUCCGUCAUGGACUACCUGCCCCUGUCUCAGUACACGGAGCCGCUCAGGUUCUGGCCGGACAUCGACUCGGCCCUGCGCGCUGCCGCCUGCACCAGAGGCGUACAGGUCCGCCUCCUGGUCAGCUGCUGGAAGCACUCCCCGGCCUCCAUGUUCCCCUUCCUGCAGUCCCUGCUGGCACUAAACAGGCCUCCGCUGAAAUGCGACAUAGAAGGGAAAGUGUUCAGAGUGACUUCGACAGCGGAGCAGAUGAGGAUUCCCUUUGCACGAGUCAAUCAUGCCAAGUACAUGGUCACGGACAGAGUGGUCUACAUAGGGACGUCCAACUGGUCGGAGAACUACUUCUCCCAGACAGCCGGGGUAGGCCUGGUGGUGAACCAGACCGGCUCCGUGGUUGAAGAAGGCCAAGAGACCCUGCAGAGCCAAGCGGAGGAGCUCUUCCUCAGAGACUGGCAGUCUGAGUAUGCCAGCGGUGUCUCUCUGGGCGACGUGGACGUCUGCCCCCGCACCGAAUAAAGCACAUUUGCCUUAUACAUGAGCUGCUGCUGCUGCUGCUGCUACUUGAACUUUUUUUCGGCUUCUGUAGAAUCCGCCGGCUGUACAAGCAAUCUUUAUUUUAUGGCUGUUUCACAGCCAAAUGCCUGGUUUUUGUAUAAAAGGUUUUUUGAAAUAUACUCACCUGCCGCUGUUAAUGUUUUUUGUAAAACCACAUGCCAUGUUCUGUAAGGCUUGUAAAUAUUCCGACUCUCGAAGAAACCCAAUUUGGCAGCAAAUAGUGAGCACGCUUU